AUGCACUGGCUGCUGCUGACAAUACUUGGACAUCAUGUCGCAAGGGCAGCCUUUGAAUCAAACGAGAAUUCAUUGAAAGUGUUGCUAUUUUGGGCAGUGGACAGUGCCAAUCGGACACAGGAGAACGUUGUACGAAAUGUGGCGUAUGCACGGAGAAUGGGCGGACGUCAAUGCUGCGAUGUGAUGCUUGCGCAUUACGAAGGGAGCUCAGACGAUUGGAACAAAGCAUGGUAUUUGAACGAGGUGACGUCCAGCAUGCGGAAGCCUGGCUACAAGUUCAAGUUCCUACAGGAAGCAUACCGAGAGGAGUGGCCUCAGAAGUACGAGUUUGUGUGGGCUUUGGAUAGCGACAUUGACUUCACCGGAGUGAACCUAGUACAGCUUUUCGAGUUGGCACGUUCAUCAGGAUCUCUGAUCAUUGGCCCCACCUUUUCCGGAGAUCAGGCCUGGAAGACAUAUGCGACCAAUUUGCUCACUGAAGGGACUGGACGGAAGGCCUUAGUACGAAGAGAUGUGAAGGAAAGAGAGCAAAUCAAUGUGCUCGGAAAACCAGAUCCACGUUGCAUGAUGCGGCACACCGACUUCGUAGAGAUGACAGCACCUUUGCUUUCUUCGACAGUCUUGUCCUUGAUCUUGAAGGACUGUGUUGACUGCAUUCAUGAGCACGCCGAGUGGGGCCUUGACCGGGUAUGGUGCGAAAUGGCAUCGGAGAAGUUCUCAGUUUCGGCUUGCACUUUGCUUGAUGCAACGCCAGUCCGCCACCUCGAUUGGCAGACGGCAAAAAUCACACCCGACUUCUGGGAAGCUGAGAGAAAAGUCAAAGAGAAGUAUGCAAAAUACUGGGCACAAGUUCGAAAUAUCGACUGUAUGCUGGCGCACAAGCAGCAGCGGGUGACGAUUGACCCCCACGGAAACAUCCAGGAGAGCUGA